AUGUCAUGUUGUCGUUCUGACAAAGAUCUCAACGCGAGUUUAUACAAAGACAAAGCCAGAGAGAAUUUUGAAAAAAAGUGGAAAUUGAUCCUACGAGACACAGCGAAGCUAUCGGAUUUCGAAAUAAUACGUACAAUAGGCGUAGGCGCGUUUGGCCGCGUGCUAUGCGUAAAGAACCUGAAAAACCAGAAGUACUACGCUUUGAAAGCUUUAAAGAAAGAAAAAAUCGUCAGACUGGAACAGGUGCAGAGAGUACAUUACGAAAAACGCAUCCUACAGUCGGUGGUCAGUCCGUUCUUGGUGGAUUUACGAUUCGUGUUCAAAACAAACUCGUACCUGUUUCUGGUAAUGCCGAUGAUCAGAGGAGGAGAAAUAUACAGCUAUUUGAAAACCCUACGACAUUUCAGCGAACACCAGACGCGAUUCUAUUCGGCCCAAAUCAUCUUGGCUUUUCAAUAUUUGCACAGUUUGAACGUCGUGUAUCGAGACCUAAAACCGGAAAACGUUCUACUCGAGUGCGACGGUUAUAUCAAAAUAAUCGAUUACGGAUUCGCCAAACGUCUGGAAGGCGAUAAAACCACGUCUUUUGUAGGCACUCCCGAAUACAUGGCACCAGAAAUGCUCAUAAAGACCAGACGAGCCGAAGGAUACUCGUGCAGCGUCGAUUGGUGGACGCUGGGCAUAUUCGUUUACGAAUGUAUUACCGGAGAACCGCCAUUCGCCGGAGCCAGUUUGCUUCAAUUGUUCGAUUCCAUAGUCAAGAAACGAUACAGACCAUCGGCCGAAAUCGGCCCCAAUGUUAUCGAUUUGAUUGAUAAUCUGCUACAGGUUGAUGUCGCCGAAAGACUGGGAUGUAAGGGUAAGGGCAGCGAGGAGCUGAAAAAACACGUUUUUUUCGCCGGCCUUAACUGGCACGCGCUGUACGAGAAGAAAAUUACACCGGAAUUCGUGCCUCCUUGUCAGGGUGACGAUUUUACGAAAAAUUUCGAACGAUUCGAGGAGCUUCCGUUUCAUGAAACCGAAGUCGAAGAAUUUGUCGACGAGUUUAAAGAAUUUUAAAUAUAAUGUGUUUCGUUUUGCUGUUGUAUCGCG